AUGAGUGCAAUGCGUCAAACAAAAGACAAAUUCCAAGAAAAACUUCAAGAUUUUGCAAUCGGUUUUUCUGAAUGGAGUUCGUCAUCCGAGGAGUUAGAAUUCAAGGCUACCACUGGCUGGUUUACAAAGUUUAAAAAAAGGUCUGGAAUUAAACAUGUAUUAAUGUAUGGUGAGUCUGCUAGUGCAGAUAAAGAAGCAGCUGAGAAGUACUGUCUCAAAUUUCAAGAAUUCAUUGAAACAGAAGGGUAUCGUCCACAACAAAUAUUUAAUUGUGAUGAAACUGGUUUGUUUUGGAAGCGCAUGCCGAAUUGUACCUACAUCACGAAAGAUGAGAAAAGUGUUCCUGGGCAUAAACCUAUGACCAAUUGA